AUGCCUCCCUGUAGGACAAACUGUAUAGAGAAGCCAUUAUCUUUAGGUUUCAAAAAGCUUGGAUGCUUUGUAGCACGAAACUGUUGGUGGUUUUUGUUUUUGCCCUUGCUGGUAUCCGCUGGCCUUGGUGCAGGUUUCUAUUUUCUGGAUGAGAGAGAAGCAAGCAACGUUGAGGACCAGUUCACUCCUGUCAAUGGACCUGCUAAGCAAGAGAGAUUGUUUGUCCAACAAAACUUUCCUGAGGAUGAUUUUUAUCAAUUUAGACUCUCAACAGAAGGCACUUAUGCUUCUUUGAUAGCAAUAAGCUUACAAGAGGAGGACAACAUAUUGACCAUAGAGCCGUUCAAGGAAGUUAUAGAUCUGGAUAAAAGAGUGAAAAGUAUUGUAGAAGGAGGCAAGGGUUUUAACAGCCUUUGCGCUCAAGUAAAAGGACAGUGCAUGUCAAAUACUAUAAUAGAUAUUGUAGAUGGCAAUGCCAGCAAAAUUGAGGGAAAGACACUAACAUACCCAGAUUUCAACGGAAGCUUUUUAGGGUCUGUGAUUGGAGGUGUUGAGUUGAAAGCUGGUAGCUCAGAAAUUGCAAGUGCAAAGGCGGUCAAACUUGUUUAUUAUUUAAGGCCGGACAAUCAGACUGAAAAUGAUGCAUGGCUAAAUGCAUUCCUACAGAAUUUCUCCAGUGAUACUGCAUAUAAAAUGGUGUCUGUAUCUUACUUCACUUCAAUAUCAAGAGAGGAGGAAUUAAAGGACAACUCAAAAACUGUGAUCCCACUUUUCUCUGUCACAUAUUUCCUUGCAAUCACCAUCUCCAUCCUUUCUUGUUUAAGACUUGACUGCGUCAGAAAUAAAGUGUGGGCAGCCACUUUUGGGGUCCUCUCAGCUGGCCUUGCAGUGCUCUCAAGUUUUGGGUUGAUAUUGUUCUGUGGAAUGCCCUUUGCAAUGACUGUGGCAACAGCUCCAUUUCUGAUUUUGGGAAUUGGUGUAGAUGAUAUGUUCAUCAUGAUCUCCUGCUGGCAGAAGACUCAAGUUAGUGAUAAAGUUGAGGAACGUCUGGCAGACACAUACAAAGAAGCUGGUGUUUCGAUCACCAUCACCACUCUGACUGAUGUACUGGCUUUUUACAUUGGUCUCAUGACUCCUUUCCGUUCUGUGCAGUCAUUUUGUCUGUACACUGGUACAGCUAUUCUCUUCUGCUACAUCUACAACAUCACAUUCUUUGGUGCCUUCCUGGCAUUAAACGGCAGGCGAGAGGAGAGCAACAGGCAUUGGCUGACCUGUAUGAAGGUUGAUGAACCAAAAGAAAAACAUUCACAGAGCACAGAUGACUCUAAAACCAAUGUUUGUUGUGUUGGUGGGGCUUUUGACCGAAACACUGGAACUGAGGAGGAGAUGCCUUUUAACCGCUUCUUCAAAAAGUAUUAUGGGCCUUUUCUGACAAAUAGUUGGACCAAGGUGUUUGUAAUUUUGCUCUACCUUGGAUAUUUAGCUGCCAGUAUUUAUGGUUGCUUCCAAAUGCAGGAAGGUAUUGAUCUAAAGAACUUGGCUCCUGAUGGUUCAUAUGUUGCUAGCUAUUAUGAUAACGAAGAUAAAUACUUUUCAGAGUAUGGCCCUAAUGUCAUGUUGGUUAUCAAAGACCAAACAUUUCAGUACUGGAAUGAAAGUGCUCAAUCAAGUCUUGAUACCUGUCUUCAAGAGUUUCACAAUCUAUCCAUGGCUUCAAAAGACGAGCAUGUCUUUUGGCUUAAUUUUUACUUGGAGUAUGGUAAUAGAAAUAAAUUGAAUUUGGAUAAUGAAAGUGAUUUCAAAAGAAAUUUAUCUUCAUUUCUCAAAACAUCAGGUUUUAGUCAAGAUGUUAACUUCACUAAUAAUGAAAUUUAUGCAUCCCGAACAUUCAUUCAGACGGUGAAUAUCAGCACAGCAGUUGAUGAAGAGAGCAUGCUGAAUGCAUUUAGAGAUACGGCUCAAAACUGUGGAAAGUCACAGAAUCCCAUUGAUUUGUUAGUUUACCACCCUGCAUUCAUUUACUAUGACCAGUACGCUGUAAUUGUCAGCAACACAAUACAAAAUAUUGUAGUUGCCACUCUUGCUAUGCUGAUCAUCUCCCUACUCUUGAUUCCACAUCCUCUCUGCUCUCUGUGGGUGACCUUUGCUAUCGCCUCUGUCAUUGUUGGAGUGGCUGGUUUUAUGGCAUUGUGGGAUGUGAAUUUAGACUCCAUAUCUAUGAUUAAUCUGGUCAUCUGUAUUGGCUUCUCUGUAGACUUCUCUGCACACAUCUCUUAUGCAUUUGUUUCAAGUGAGGAACCUUCAGCUAACAAGAAAGCAAUAGAUGCACUCUACCACCUGGGCUAUCCAAUAAUACAAGGAGCCAUAUCCACGAUUGCAGGGGUUGUAGUUCUAUCUGCUGCUCAGAGCUACAUCUUCAGAACCUUCUUUAAGAUCAUGUUCUUGGUCAUCCUGUUUGGAGCAGUUCAUGGCAUCAUGUUCAUCCCUGUAUUUCUGACAUUCUUUGGAAUGUGCGGCCAAACCAACACUGUCCAAAAAGAGAAUAUCCCAAGGUCUCAAAUUCUUCCACCUCCGUCCGAAAUUCCAAGGCAAAUACUGACAGUGGACUGGUCAAGGACAAACACUUUACAUCCUGGCUGUGGGACAAGCAUCCCAGAUCCUGACUGUCCAUGA